GGAGGAUUUCGCCCCAAUUCGGUUUGUUGAUAGCCGUGGCGGAAGCAGUGUCCUUGUUUAAGUUCCCCGCUACUGACAUCGAAGUUGGCUGAGAUCACUUAUUGUGAACACGAUGGUGAAGCAGUUUCUUCAACUCGGCGGAAAAUGCAAAUGAAGCGGAGAGAGAUACAGCGGGUGGAACUUCCGGAAUUGGCAUAUUUCAGUGUAGCGAGGGUCCGGACCAACUCGCCAAGCGUGACGAACCAGCCUGGGAGCAACUUCUACAAGUGGUCUUCAAGCAUUCCGUCCAUUAUUAGGAUAUUCUCGGCGCCGCAGAACUCCAACAUCUACUUUGCUGUAACCAAUAAACAGAUCUUUCCAAACGGCACCGGUUUUAUCAGAAAAAGCGCUCGCACAGGCGAACCUGAUUUGGCAAGCAAACCUAUCCCAAGUGACGCUCGGAACAGAAUCAGGUUUUAAACGAUUUGAAAACCAUGAAACUAACGGACAUGACCGAAUCGCUGAUCAUCAAACGUGACGUGAUAGUCUAAUCAACAUCGUGUAGAAUUAGCAUGUUUUCAUUAACAUUACUUAAUAAAAUUUAAUUACAAACUUUUUUCUAAGU